AUGACUGAAGACAACAUAACAAAUAGCAGUGAAUCAGUUAUUUCGACUUUCGAAAUUAAGAAUGAUCUUCAAAAAAUGAUUGUUGAUGCAUUUUCAUUGUUUACAAGUGCAGACAAUAUUAACAUCAUACCAAUUACUGAUCUAGGCAAGGUUAUUCGUCAUAUAGGAUGUGUCCCAACCGAAGAAGAACUGAUCGAAUUCACAAGUUUGGUAGAAAAUCAAAAUGAACCGAAUACAAUCAAUAUAAAUGUAUUUGUACCACAUAUGGAAAAACAAAUAAGAGUGUUUAGGUAUAAACCGGGGACGGCGGACGAAUUGCUGCAGGCAUUUCACACGUUAGACACAGAAAGUAAAGGCUCGUUGUCUGUGGAUUUUAUGCAACAAGUGCUUCGUGAAGGCGAUUCAUUAGAUCCCGACGAUAUUACUGAAGCAAUUAAGACCGCUUACGACCCCGAUUUCCAGUGCAUACAUUACGACAUAUGGAUUCACAAGUUAAUGGGAAAGACCAAAACGGACCCGUACGCUUUAGUCACCAAGGAUCUCGUUUCGACUAACCGGGCGAGGGCAGCGGAAGACGGAGAACUGAACCGACUGUUAUUGUCCUCUGAGAAUAAUGAUAUUGACCCGGCUGUACAAUAUUAGAAUUAUACUGUUCAAAACCAAUAAAAAAAUAUAUAUAUUACGACUCGGCGAUAUUUUACACGUCUUAUAUCGUAUACAAUAUACGUCAUAAUAUAUAAUGUUAUGAUACGUUAUUAUAUCAAUAUUAUAUUUAUAAUACACGCAUAUACUGCGCGCGUGCGGACGCGAUACAACAUGACUCGAGCACCACCUGAACUGUUGACGGUGCGCUACGAAGGGUAGGGCAGGAGGUAAUUGGGUCGUAAACAGGUCAGUCGCAAGACAAAAGAAGAAAAAGGGGAAACUAUGUUAUACGCUUAGAUAUAGAAAAAGAGCGGA